AUGUAUAAACUAGAGCGUUUAAUUCCAAGGUCGAUUAACUUUGUACAUACGGACAAAAUGUAUAAAUUGGAAAGUUUCCAUCAUCUCGAUGAAGUGAAUGAUUCAUUAUCACACCUUAAAGUAUCAACGGAAGAUAUCUCUAAUGAAUUAAAUGGACGUAAUAAAAGUCUCCUUAAAGAGCUUGCUCAGUUAGACGAUAGCAUCUCAUUUCUUUUAAAUACAUUCAAAGGUUAUAAUCCUAAAAAUAAUCCCGAUCUUUGUAGUACUCAAGAUGCUUCAAAAUCCAACAACUUUAUUUCUGAGAUUCAUCAGUUAACGUACCAUAUCUCAAAUCUUUUGAAUCGUGUUGAAUCUAAUCCUGUCAACGAUGUCCAAUGCGAUAACAUUUACAAAGAACUAAGUGAAUUAGAUCUCGAGUUAGGUGAUAUUUUGAAUUUGUUUGCAAAUUAUUGUUGUCAUCAAGAUAUUAAUAACACAAAGAUCAUUAGUACUCCUGCACCUCCAAAUAGUUUUAUUACCAUUCGUAAAGAACCUUCUACACUUAUUAUUCAAUGCAAUCCAAAUAAUCCUCCAUUAUCGAUAUUCCUGUUUUGUCAUAUGUUACUUAGUAAUCACUAUAAAGUAACAAUUAAUUCAUUCGUACAUUCAACGGUGGAACAACUUCCUCACUCACUUAAAAAGUUAAUAGAAAUUCUUUCAGUUGAUAUGCACGGUUCUUCAAGUAAUAACAUAUGGCAGUUUGACACAGGACUAUGUUUACAUUUCAUAUGGAACUCAAGCUGUCCUGAUUGUACUGUUUCAUCCUUUGAUAAAUCCAUCACACCGACAACAUUGUAUGGAGAAUGUAUGCUUGUUCAGUUAGUUGUAAAAAUUCUAGAGCCUUGCAAUUUCGACGAACUUUCAUCACUUAUUAUUACAAUGGAUUCAAGUUUAUCAUUGCCUGGAUUAUCAAUACGUAACACUAUGGAUGUGAAACAAAAAUCAUUAAAUAUUUUGAAUAGUCAUCCAUACUUUGUGAAGAUCAGCCGUGAAUUGCCUUCAAUCAUUGAUUGUUAUCUAUUUGUUUGUAUUAAGGAGUUAAAACUGUCCGAUGCAUUGCCACCUAACUUGAAAUCAUGGCUGCAAUUUUGUUCUAAAUGGAAAAGCUUUAAUUUGUUACCACUUUAG